UGCCCCCAUCAUACUCACGAGAAUUGAUUGACAACAACAGCAACACGGCAACAGGUGCUUGUAUCGUUUUAGCAACCGGCCUAGGCGCAAACCACGGAGGGAGUUAUUGUCUGUUGUUAACCUCAAAUAUGUAAAUCAUAUACGUGAAAUUUACCAAAUACUAUUUUCUGAAAAGCCAAUGCAACAUCAAGAAGAUAGCAAGAGCAUCUAGAUAUAACCAAUCAUCCAGCAAUGUUGGCCCCAAUCUUUACAUUGAAGCUCAACCACAAAAUCCAUCCUCGUAUGGUUGCAAUUGGAAAGUAUGAUGGAAAACAUCCCUGUUUAACUGCAGCAACAACUGCAAAUAAGGUUUUUAUCCAUAAUCCUCACACAAGGUUGGAUCAAGGAGGCAGACUUGAAACUACAUCUGGCUCAUCAUCAGAUGUUAGUUUAUUGAACAUAAAUCAACAUGUCAAUGCUGUAUGCACUGGAUCACUGGAUGAAAGCCAAAGGGACAUCUUGUUUGUUGGCACACCAACCAACCUUCUGGCAUAUGAUGUAGAAAACAAUUCAGAUCUUUUCUACAAAGAUGUACCAGAUGGGGUUAAUUCUUUGCUGGUUGGGCAGAUUGGCAGUGACCCAACUCCAAUGAUUAUAGCUGGUGGUAACUGUUCAGUACAGGGGUACAAUGCUGAUGGAGAUGACCAUUUCUGGACGGUAACCGGUGAUAAUGUUUGCUCUUUGGCCUUGAGUGAUUUCAAUGAAGAUGGCUACCCUGAGUUACUCGUUGGCUCAGAGGAUUAUGAUAUUCGCGUCUUUAAGGACGAUGAGAUUAUUGCUGAGAUGACAGAAACAGAGGCUGUCACAUCCUUGUAUUCUUUAUAUGGGAGUAGAUUCGGUUAUGCCCUUAGAAAUGGCACUGUUGGAGUCUACGAUAGAAGUGCAAGAUACUGGAGAAUCAAGUCCAAAAACCAAGCUGUGUCGAUUUACAGCUUUGAUCUUGAUGGUGAUGGUGUUCCAGAAUUGAUCACUGGAUGGUCCAAUGGCAAGGUGGAUGCCAGAAAUGACCGCACGGGUGAAGUUGUUUUUAAAGAUAAUUUGGGGAGUGCAAUUUCCGGAAUUGUGGACGCUGAUUACAGAUUGGAUGGAAAACAGCAACUUAUCGUGUGUUCUAUGGAAGGACAAGUACGAGGCUACCUGCCAGCUGAUUCUGAGAGCAAAAAUGUUGUUGUUGAUAUCAACGCAGACCAGGAUGCAUUGCGUGAAUUGGCAAUUAAGAAGCAAAAUCUUCUUACCGAGCUGAAGAAUUACUCAGAAAAUGACCGGGUUGGAAAAAACGUCAAAGCAGGAGAUCAUCAUGCCAGUGUCUCUGGUGUUGGGAUGAUACCAGCAAACACUCAGCUACAAACAUCACUGAGUGUAUCAACUGGCGGUGACGGUGUAAAACCUCAUGUAGAUCUCACCAUUCAGACUACAAAUGAGACCGUGAUUCGCAGUGUCCUGAUAUUUGCAGAAGGAAUUUUCGAAGGAGAAAGCUACGUUGUCCAUCCGCCAUUAAACAAGCUCUCCCCUGUCUUGCACAUUCCGAUUUACCCGCCAAAGGAUGUUACUGUCGACCUGCAUAUCAAAGCAUUUGUUGGAUACAAAACAAGCCACCAAUUCCAUGUUUUUGAGCUGACAAGACAGCUACCAAGGUUCUCAUUAUACUCCUUCUGCCCGGACGGUUACGCCGAACCGAAAUCACAUGUGAAAUUCACCGUCCACGAGAGAGUCAAUAGAGUCGUUAUGUGGAUCAACCAAAAUUUUCUCCUGCCGUCGGAAGUGGUUGCGGAGCACCAAGCUUUGGAUGUGAAAUUUCUGUCAUUGCGUACUGAAACUCCGUUGUUACUGAAGAUGACGUCAAAUGGAGAAGUAACCAUCCAAACCGAUAAUCUGGAUUUAGCUGGCUCAUUUACCCAAGCAUUGGCAGGUUUUCUUGCUGUGACCGACCUUCAAUCCACAAUGGACUUCCCUGAUCACUUAGAAGAACUAAGGAACAUUCUAAUCAAGGCGGAUGAACUUCACGGUGUUAGAGAAAAGCUGAACGCAGAAAUGGCGGAUCACUCAAAUCUGAUUAGAAGCCUUGUUGUCAGAGCUGAAGACGCUCGGAUGAUGUUUGACAUGCCCAACAUGAGAAAGGGUUACAUGGAAUUAUUCGAUCUGAACCGAGAUUUGAUCAACGGCUACCAAAUUAGAUGCAGUAAUCACGAAGAACUUCUUGCUUGUCUCAAGAUUGUUAAUCAGACCAUGCAGAGAGCUGGAAAUUUGAGAGUUGGCAAAUCCAAAUCGGCAAUCAUCGCAGCAUGUCGGAAUGCCAUUAAAGCCAACAAUGUGAAUGCACUCUUCAAAAUAAUCAAAUCUGGAACUUCAUCUGCGUAGCGACGUAAAAAGGACGUUGAAUUAUCAUGCCUUGUAUUGUCAACUCACAUUGGAAGCACCGUGUAAAUAAAGUCAUCUCUUUUCUGCGUAGAAUAUUCUUUUCCAAAGCGUAGCAAUGGGAUCAUAGUUAGUUGCUAACUGUUUUUGACUCGAAGUCCUCGUUUAGAAGUUGCCUCGUUUAGUUUCGUUGUCACCCUCGUACAUUUCACAAUGUUUCUCAAAAUUGUGCACUCUAGCAAUUUCAAAUACCUGUAUAGACACAUUCUUAUUCCAAACAAACAAAGCUAUAUAAUAUUUGCAUUUAACUAGAGCCAAGAUGUUGUCUAAAACCUCAAACUUAUACUGCUCAGGUUGAUGACAGUGAAAUAAGUUAAGGCUGUGGACCUAAAACAUCCAUCAUUAUCAUCCUUAGUAAAGGAAAUUAUAAUUCUACUUCUCUGGCCGUUUUAUUUGCUUCAAUCUUCAUCUUCACAAAAUGAUUUCUUGUCAUUCUCAACUUAGAUUGUACCUGUUCUUUAUCGCCUGGUAAUCUCACCUAGACCAAACAGUCAAUUUUCUCUUCAACGUUUAAUGCUAUUGAUAACAAUUACAAAAUCAUUCUGGAGACCAGAAAUUUUUAUAAUCUGUGAUAACUUCGGGUCUACAGAAAUACCACUCUGCUUGUUUAAGCGAGUUUGCCUGAUGAAAGAAACCCUGCAGCUAAUGAUUCCCUGAGUAACUUUUGUGUUUUCUCCCUCUUUCUACUGUUUUAUCUUUCUCUCUUCCUAAUCCUUCCACUUUCUUCUCUGGUUAGGACAUAUCUCAGACACACUUGUUAGUCCUUUCUCCAACAUUAUCGAGAGAAAAAACCCACUGUAGUUUAUCGUUAAAUGAACUAAUGAUAACACUUAGAUACUUGAUCGUAUUUGAUGUAUAAAAAAACAAACGUUUCUUCAAAGUGUUGUAAUGAAGAUAUUAUUGUAAGCCAGAUUUUAGCACAUUCACUUCAUUUUACACCCGACAAUGAAGCGAAAUUAUUUUGAGCAAAUAGCUCGUAGCAAUGUAAA